AUGGAAGCUGCUUACUGCAGCCGGUGCACAGAGCAGCAGGAGAUGCUGACGCCUCGCAGGGCAGAGGAGGGGGAGACCAGGGAUGCAAAAUUUGCCUCCAAAGUCGAGCACCCUCAAGUACCAAAGCAUUUUUCAAAUCUGGUUGUAGAUGGCUUCUGCAAGCCACAAGAGUGCUUCCAAAGGUGUUACUCCCGUUGCCUGGUUUCUCACACAGUGUUGGGAGUCCAGUUACAUCUGCACCAGCCUCAGCGGUUCCUGUUUGUGGAAGUUGGUGGGACAGCAGAGAUCCACUGCUCCUCCAGGGAAGAUAUGGAAGGGAGACAGUAUGUACUGUGGUAUGUGAGAAGGGCGGGUAAGGCUCCUACAUGCAUUAAGGACUGUGCGGAUGAUAAAAAUGUGAGCAAAUUUUCUUGCAAGCAUCGGACUCGCAGCACAUCAUUGAUAAUCAGGGACAGCGAAAGGAAUGAGUCUGGCAUUUAUUACUGUGCAUAUGACCUCGGCAGCUCAUGGACUUUUGGGAAGGGAACCACAGUGAUCGUUGGAGACAGCUUCACCCACAGCAGCUCUGUGCUGCUCCUGGGCCCUGUUGCAGGGGAGAACGGAGCCACGGAGCCUGCACAUCUGGCCUGUGUGAUCCGGGGUAUCUCCAACCUUGUCUGGGUGUCCUGGCACGUUCCCGGAGAGGAGCCAGCCCAGGGUCUGCCACGCUUGUUGGAAGCCAGUGAUGGGUCCUUAACACUUAUCCAUCACAUCAGCAUCCCCUGGGCCAGCUGGGCCAGUGGGGCAGCCGUCACCUGCCAGGUCACAUUCAACUCAUCUGGCAGCAGCGUUACCAGACACGCCACAUAUAAACUUGCAGCUCGCUCCGCACCCUGCGUCAUGCUCCCUGUCGUGGCAGUGGUCAGUGCCCUGCUGCUGGUCACGGUGCCCCUGAGUCUCAUCUGGAUCCACUGCCCUCCCAGAUGGGGAUCCCAGCCCAGGAAGCCAGCACCUUGCAUCUCCCAGGGAAAUCAGGACGGACUCAUAUAUGUGGACCUGGAGUUAGACCUGCUGACUCACCGCAAGCCCAGAAAGCCGCAGGCAGCACGAGUGAAGAACGUAACGCCAUGAAGGUCACAUCCAUGGGCUCCUUCAUGCAGGGAUGGCGGCCGCUUCUCUGCUGAUCGAUGUGAGUCAUGCCAGCUGCCAAGAAGCCUCUACAGGGGGACACGCUCUCUCCUUGUGGGCGUUCAGACUGGCCAGGUAGAAGACCCCAAAGAUGAGCGUGGCUGGGGAGGACAUCGUUUUCCAUCAUUGUUGCAAAGACUUCC